UUCUACUCUCUCCACCGGAGAAGACAGGCUGACAGACACCUAUUCAUCUUCCUUAACUCCAUCAGCAUGACGACGUUUAGCUCACGUAGCUCCUUCAGCAGUAGCCGAGCAUCCUUCGGCAGUGGCUUGAGCUCAAUGAGCUUGUCUGGGGGUGUUGGUGGUGUCAGGGCUUCCCAGGCCAGCAGGAGCUUCUCUGCAAGCAGUGGUGGCUUUGGUGGUGGAGCUGGAUUCGGUGGUGGAGCUGGAUUCGGCGGUGGAGCCGGAUUCGGUGGUGGAUCCGGAUUCGGUGGUGGAUCCGGAUUCGGUGGUGGAGCUGGAUUCGGUGGUGGAGCAGCAGCAGAUGACAGCCUGAUCGGCAACGAGAAGUUCACCAUGCAGAACCUGAAUGACCGCCUGGCAUCCUACCUUGCCAAGGUGGCAGCGCUGGAGAAGGCCAACGCUGAGCUGGAGUUGAAGAUCAGACAGUUCUUGGAAGGCAAGUCUGGCCCUGCCAGCAGGGACCACAGUGCCUUCUACGCCACCAUCGCUGAGCUUCAGGCCAAGAUUCUGGAUGCUAUCACUGCCAAGGGCAGUGUGCUACUGAGCAUUGACAACGCCAAGCUGGCCCACGACGACUUCAGGAUCAAGUAUGAGAAUGAGGUGGCGAUGCGUCAAUCAGUGGAGGCUGACAUCGCUGGGCUGAAGGUGCUGCUGGGAGAGCUGGGCUUGGCCAAGACUGACCUGACUCUGCAGAUCGACAGCCUGACAGAUGAGCUGGCCUCCAUGAAGAGGAACCACGAGGAGGACCUGUUGGCCCAGCGCACGCAUGUGUCUGGUCAGGUGAACGUGGAGGUGGACGCCGCUCCUCAGGAGGACCUCACCAAGGUCAUGGAGGAGAUCAGAGAACACUAUGAGGCUGUUGCCGCCAAGGGCAAAAAAGAGUUGGAGACCUGGUUCCACGCCAAGUCUGAGGCCAUAACCAAGGAGGUAGAAGCCACCGAGGUCACACUGAAAUCGACAACCACAGAGGUGAAGGACGUGAAGAGCCAGCUUCAGAGUCUGCAGAUUGAGCUCCAGUCACAGCUCAGCAUGAAAGCGUCUCUUGAAUCUACACUAUCUGAAAUUCAGAGCCGCUACGGCAUGAAACUGAGCGGAUUCCAGAAUCAGGUGGUCAGCCUUGAAGGUCAGCUGGUGCAGCUGAGGGCUGACCUGGAGAGGCAGGGACAGGAGUAUCAAGUGCUACUGGACAUCAAGACCAGACUUGAGAAGGAGAUUGAAGAGUACAGGAGGCUGCUUGACGGAGAGGGAGCUUCCAUCUCAUCAUCCGGGUCCUCAUCCCUGUCCUCAUCCUCCAGCACCACCACCACCACCACAGUCAUCACGAAGGUCAUUGAGGAGACAAGCUGAACCUCAUCUCUCUGAUGAUGGGUGCAGCCGACUCUCAGCCUAUCGCCUGUCUGCAUGCCGAGUCACCUCCAGCUCCACUUCACAGAUUCCUUCUUCCUUUUCUGCUGAAUUACACCAUGAGUGAAAGGAGAGUAACAUCCUUGUUUGUCUGGUCUGGGGUUCAAACUUCUGCCUAGUGCUUCAAGGAAUAAAAGUCACCUAAGCUCAACAA